CGCUGCACCAACCGCAAAACUUCCCUAAUCGCCAUGGGAGAAUCUAAACGGAUUUCCGUUCAUCACGCUCUCGGCGCUGGCUUAGUUGCCGAUGUGCUGCUUUGGAAGAACUGGCGUGGAGGAGUUGCGGUGCUGGUUUCUGCUACCACAUUUUGGUACCUUUUCGAGCGAGCCGGUUACAAUUUCUUGUCGUUCGUGGCCAAUGUGGUAUUGCUUCUUGUCGUGAUUCUCUUUUUAUGGGCCAAAGCCGCUAACCUUCUCAAUAGACCUCUUCCUCCUCUCCCUGAUCUGGAGAUCUCUGAGGAAACUAUUGCCAGGGUUGCUGAUUUACUGCAAAUUUGGAUAAAUCGAGCUUUGUCCAUUGCACACGACAUUGCAAUUAAGAGGAAUUUGCUGCUUUGCCUCCAGGUUUCUGGUGCGUUGUGGGUAAUAUCUUAUAUUGGUAGUCUGUUCAACUUCCUAACUUUGAUCUAUAUCGGUGUUCUUCUUAGCCUGUCUCUUCCUCUGUUGUAUGACAAGUACCAGGACCAAAUUGAUAACAAGCUGCAUUUGAUACAUGGGAUUGUUCAGACACAGUAUAAAAAGAUUUUAAGCAAGAUUCCAAACAAAGAAAAGAAGGUGCAGUAGGGUGCAAAUGGAUAAGUGAAGUCUAGUUAGGAGCGUACAAAUGGGUGCUUAACAUAUGAAUUACUUGAGGUUUUCUUGUUGCUGAGAUGCUGUCGCUGUUUUAAUUGAUGGUUACAUGGUAUGGUAAUUCUUCAGAAGCAGGAUUGACCAGUGGCUUCGACGUAGGUGAUUAUUCUGUUCUGAUUUUCUAUGUACCUCUUGGAAGAUGCUUUAUAUGAAUUUUUAGAAUGGGUAUGUUACCCUUGCUAAGCUUCACUUUGGACUACAUUACCAGAGGAGGGGAAAAAAAGAACACAAAGGACAUGGAGAACUUGCAUAUCGGUUUGUUUCUUUAGUUUGGUAAGAUGGCAUGGUUUUGGCCACAAUGAUUUUGGUUGGGUUGGAUAUAUCAUGUAUUGCUGAGUGUUUAAUUACCACUACGUGUACUAUGAUAAUCUUUUAAUUCUUCUUAAGUAGGAAUUCGGCUCUGGAAAUAAUUAUGGUAACACAAUGUCAUCCCACUGCCUCGGCAUUGAUCCCAACCUGA